GCAGCCCCUCGAUAGGCUGGUUCAUAACCCCCAAGGCAAUAAGUGCCUUCUGGUCUAUAGUUCUCAGGAGAGAGCGGCUGUAAAGCACUGCCCUUGGCGGGCUCCGGAAUUCCAGCCCAGAGGGCUCUGUUUCUGACAGUUGAAGAGGUGUCUGGCAGGACCACAGAUUAAGAGAGGUCCCUGGCCGGGGCCUCUCCAGGGGAGGUUUCCUGGGUGAGGCCAUCCAGUGAUGGGCAAACGUCAUCACGAAGGCCUGACGUCGUCCCCCAAGUUCUUUCCUGUCUAUUUGGUUGAGAAUUAGCGACAGCAUUCCCUGGAACGUGCCAGGAGCAAAGCCAUCUUCUCCAGUGCCGUUUACACGGGGUGACUAAACAUCUGUUCAGUUGGUGUAAUAGAACGCCACCGUGUGCUAAACGCUUGUGUUUAUCAUUCGGCAGAUAUGGGCAGUGACACACUGAAGGGAAGAGGCUCGACGCCCACCUCAGCCUUGGCGAGAGAAAGCCUUGAAACCCAUUUAACAAAUGAGUUGUGGCAGCCUCCAACAGGAGCCCGAGACUACGGCUUUCAGCCUCACCAACAGAGACACUUGAUUACAAGCUCAUCAGCCAAGCCGCGCAGGCCCGGGGAGGACGGCGUCCCCCCAAGCCCCCGCUCCAAGUGCCACGGUCCUUGUGGGCUGCCAGGGCGGAGCAAGCUCAUGGAUCUGCCCCCACACAGCUCCCUCAUCUGUAAAGAUGCUUCUCGCGCCCCGUCGCAAGACUGUCCGAAUGAAAGGAGACCCAGUCACGGGGAACACCGGAGGUCCCAGGGAGACCCGAGCGGAGGGAGCGGCAUGGCCAAGGACCUUCUCAUGGGUGAGGGCAGUGUGGGAUUAUCACCCAGAGGCCAGAAAGCACGAGUCCGAAAGAGAGUUAGCUUCCGCCUCCCAGACCUGGAAGAAGAAAAGGGCUCAGCUCCGCUCCUGCCUGACUCAAGGGACGCGGGAGCUCCUUGGAGACCACAGCACGAUCCACACCACCAAGGAAGCAGCUGCCAUGGAGAAGAGCGAAGCAGGAUGCAGGAAGGGACAAAGGGCGGAAAAGGCUCCUCAGAUUCACACUUUCCAGAAAAUGACAGGACCAAAGUCUCCUACCCAAAGAGGAAAGUGAAAGGGCAGAACUUGAACAUUAAAUUAAAUCUGCAUCCCUUUAGGAAAUCAAGAAUCCACCCAGAGAAGCAGCCUGACAGAGAGAAGUCCUUAAAGCCAGGCCACAAAGUCACUCACCACAGAACACCCCAAGUGUCUGAGGUAGAAGCAGCAAGCAAGGAAAGGCGAAUGAAGCUUCCCCUUCAGCAGGCAGAGAGCAGAGGGCACCCCAAAACACUGAUCCCCAAGCCUCUUAGCAAGCAGGUCUCGGGUAGAAGCCAAAGGACCAAAAAUGUAGCUCGGAUGGUGUCUGGAGUCAGUAGGAGUGGUGGGGACCACGCCGGCCAUGCCCCCGCUCACAUUCCUGGAGAAGGCAGUGAGGACACCCUCCCAUUUCCUGCAUCUCCAGGCAUUCCUCAGUCACUACCAAAGGAGGGGGCGGAACGUGCUCUUAUUCCGCCAUCUUCAGUGGUCAACUAUCCAUCAGGUACUGGACAAGAUCACUCCAAGCCGCAGCAUUUCCAGGGGGGUGCUGACCAAGCGACACCAGAGACCCCUGAGGCUGGGGAGCGCCAGGAAGUUGGGGAGUGCCAGGAAGUUGGGGAGCGCCACGAGGUUGGGGAGCACCAUGAGGUUGGGGAGCACCUCGAGGUUGGGGAGCACCAUGAGGUUGGGGAGCACCACGAGGUUGGGGAGCACCACGAGGUUGGGGAGUACCAUGAGGUUGGGGAGCACCACGAGGUUGGGGAGCACCACGAGGUUGGGGAGCACCAUAGGUCACAGCCUAUUCUAGUCCCCAAAGAGAGUGCUGACCCUUCCACCCCCAGGGAUGAAAUACAGCUGGUAUGUGAUGACAAGCUCGACACCAAUCCAAAGGAUUUGAACCCCGAGGGAACUUUGCCAUCUAAGCUCCAGCGUUCUUGUCAUCCACAGUGGGGAACCCACAGCAUCACCCAAUGGUCGCCCCAGACAAUAAAGUGUUGCACGACAACGGACGGGUCCAAACCCGGCCACAAAAAGGUUUCUAGAGUGGAGCCUCCUGGCUCUCCCCUCAGUCCUCAGACCCCAACGGACAGCAACAGAACAUCUGUGGAAGCCAAUUUCAUUCCACACGGAAACAGCCUCAAGUUUUCCAGUGAUCUCAAGAGCCCCGUUCUGGGCACUGCAGCCAAGGGGCGGCACCCAGCUGGGGAGACUGAAAAAGGACCGGACGGCGCAAAGGGACUAGCCAGAGAUGACUGCAACGAAGCCCCCACAGAGAAAGGAGGAAUGGAAGAAACGAGGGAAAGAGCCGGCGGUGGGACGGGCGCCGAAGCUAAAGAGACCAUCCUGGGGAGCAGCUCCGAAGGGACUCCCCAAAGCCAGGAAAAUGGAAAAGCGCACCUGCAGGCCUUCCGGGGAGCCAAGCAGCAGCAGGAGAGCCAAAUGGGGCAUCUCCGGGGGGAAACUGAUCCCCACACGAGGGGCGAGGAUGGAGGAAGUUGGAGCUGCCCAGGUAAAAGCCACCAAGCAGUUCUGAGGUAGACGUGCGGAGUCUCUGCCAUGCUGCAGCCUCUCCAGGUCUCUCCCUUCUGCCCGAUAUGCUGAUCUGUCACCUUUAGCGGCCAAACCAAGGGAGCCGAAUAUCUCCGCUAAGCACGGCUUUGGCUUUGUCCUUCGGCUUUUGGAAGCCACAAACACCAGCCAGGUUUCGUCGGGGCUCGAAGGCAUGGGGG